CCUUUGUGUGUCAUCAGUAAUCCACUAUGGUUUUCUACUCGGGCUUUGCGCUGUGCGCAGCCCUUACAGGCGCAACAGCCCUCCAAAUACCCCUGCUCUCAUCAUACUACCAGGCGCCUAUCGGCCAUGUAAACGAGACGAACCCGCUCGUCAACUCGACCGAACUUCAGGACCUCAUCAGCGGUGAUAGGCUGAUGGUGCGCGCAAAGAAACUGUAUGAGAUUGCAAAACUGGGCGAGGAAGAGUAUAAUCAUCCCACCAGAGUAAUAGGGAGUGCUGGUCACAUCGGAACCUUAUCAUACAUUUACGAGACUAUCCUUCAACUUGGAGAGUACUAUACCAUCUCCAACCAGUCGUUCCCUGCUGUGUCUGGAAAUGUGUUCGAAUCACGGCUUGUUAUCGGCGACGGUGUCCCUAAAUCUGCAGCACCAAUGGGUUUGACGCCGCCAACCAAGCAUAAAGAGCCUGUCCAUGGCGAUCUUGUUCUUGUCUCUAACGACGGUUGCCAAGCCUCAGACUUUCCUGAUUCCGUUGCUGGAAACAUUGCGUUCAUCAAGCGGGGAGUCUGUCCGUUCGGUACCAAGUCGGAGCAUGCUGGACGCAAAGGUGCUGUUGCUGCUGUUGUCUACAAUUAUGAGAAGGAUCCUGUAUCAGGCACUCUUGGAACGCCAUCUCCAGAUCAUAUUGCAACGUUUGGCCUAUCCGGCGAGGACGCCGAACCGACCCUGAAGAAGCUCGAGAAAGGCCAACGCGUUGACGGCAUUGCAUACAUCGAUGCAGAGGUCAACCAGAUACUCACCAACAACAUCAUUGCGCAAACCACUGAAGGUGAUCCUAACAACUGCGUUAUGCUCGGAGCACACAGUGAUAGCGUAACUGAGGGGCCUGGUAUCAACGAUGACGGUUCUGGAACGAUAUCCCUCCUCGAGGUCGCCACUCAACUCACCAAAUUCAACGUCAGCAAUUGCGUUCGCUUUGCUUGGUGGGCGGGUGAGGAAGAAGGUCUGCUCGGCUCCGACUACUAUGUUGCUUCUCUACCGGAGAAGGAGAACAAAAAGAUCCGUCUUUUCAUGGAUUAUGACAUGAUGGCCAGUCCAAAUUUCGCCUAUCAAAUUUACAAUGCCACCAAUGCGUUGAACCCGAACGGCUCGGAGGAGCUGCGCGAUCUAUACAUCAAGUGGUAUGAGGAUCAAGGCUUGAACUAUACCUUCAUUCCCUUUGAUGGCCGCAGUGACUACGAUGGCUUCAUUCGCAAUGGCAUUCCCGGUGGUGGCAUUGCCACGGGGGCUGAAGGUAUCAAGACAAAGGAAGAGGUAGAGCAGUUUGGCGGCAAAGCUGGCGACUGGUAUGACCCUUGCUACCAUCAACUCUGCGAUGAUCUUGGCAACGUCAAUGUGACAGCGUGGGUUGUUAACACAAAGCUUAUUGCCCAUUCCGUCGCCACCUACGCGGCCUCUCUCAAGGGAUUCCCGGAGCGCAAUCUGACGGUUGCAUCAAGCGCCUAUAAUGAAGAGACCAAGUAUCACGGCCCCAAGCUGUUCGCCUAGACAUUUCCUGGGCUCCUCUACAUUGUGGUGUAGAAAUAGGACUGGCGUACGUAAUACAUCCCUAUCAUACCAGUACAUUGAUUAUAUAGAUAUCACUCUUCCA